ACCAGCUUUCUCUUUGCACCCCUUGCAGGAUUAAGGUGCCUGCCCCAUCGAGUGGGCCCUGCAACUCUUUCCAGGCACCCUCCAAAGGAGCUCCAGGGGGCAGCUGAGGAUGGGGCCGCUUGCCCUUCUGUUGCUGCUGCUGCCGCCGCUGCUUUGGCACCUGGGCCAGGGCACGGCAGUGCCAGACACUCUGGACUUGCAGGUCGAUGAGGAGAUGCCCGCAGGCACCAUCAUUGGGGACAUCAGUGCAGGCCUGCCCGCUGGCACCACCAGCUAUAUGUACUUCAUCUCUGCCCAGGAGGGCAGCGGUGUUACCACAGAUCUUGACAUUGACGAGAACACGGGCAUCAUCAAGACAGCAGGUGUGCUGGACCGUGAAAGCCGCGACCACUACAGUUUCAUUGCGGUCACCCCAGAUGGUGCCACGGUGGAGGUCAACAUCCAGGUCAAUGAUAUCAAUGACCACGCCCCCACCUUUUCUAAGCAACGGACCUCCCUCCUCAUCCCGGAGCACACUCCCCCCGGCAGCCACUUCCCUCUGGAACCUGCCUUCGACGCAGACAGCGACCUGCUCAGCACCCAGGGCUAUGCAAUCAAGGGGGGGAAUGUGGGCCAGGCUUUCCAGCUGGAGACGCGCCGUGGACCCAAUGGGGUCUUGCACCCAGAGCUGGUCGUGAGCAGCAUUCUAGACCGGGAGGCCCGGUCAGUCUUCACCUUGCUUCUCGAGGCCUAUGAUGGCGGAUCUCCCCCAAGGAGCUCCCAAAUGACGUUGGAUGUUUCUGUCCAGGACAUUAAUGACAACGCACCGGCCUUCAACCAGAGCCGCUAUCAUACCCUCAUCCCCGAGAACCUCCUCCCAGGGAGCAGCAUUCUUCAGGUCUUCGCCUGGGAUGCUGACGAGGGAGAUAACGGGGCAGUGGUGUAUGAGAUCAACCGCCGGCAGAGCGACCCGGAGCAGUACUUCACCAUCGACGCGUCCACGGGAGUAAUCAAGCUCAACAAGGGGCUGGACUACGAACUGCGGAAGGUGCACGAACUGGUAGUGCAGGCCCGGGACAGGGCCGUGCACCCAGAAGUCUCCACGGCCUUUGUCACUAUCCAGGUCCGGGAUUACAAUGACAACCAGCCCACCAUGACUAUUAUCUUCCUCAGCGAGGAUGGCUCCCCUCGCAUCUCCGAAGGGGCUCAGCCUGGCCAGUUUGUGGCCCGCAUUUCUGUCUCAGACCCUGACUAUGGAGAAUAUGCCAAUGUCAACGUCUCCUUGGAGGGGGGUGAAGGGAAAUUUGCUCUCACUACCAAAGACAACAUCAUCUACUUGAUCUGUGUGGAUCAAAUGCUCGACCGCGAAGAACGGGAUUCUUAUGAGCUGCGCGUGACAGCGACUGAUGCUGGAACUCCCCCCCUGCGCGCUGAGUCGGCUUUCGUGCUCCAGGUGACAGAUAUCAACGACAAUCCCCCUCUCUUCGAUGCUCAGGAGUACGAGCAGAGCGUCCCCGAAGUGGUUUACCCGGGCAGCUUUGUCCUGCAAGUGACGGCUCGUGACAAAGACCAGGGGCCCAACGGGGAGAUUCGUUACAGCAUCCUGCACAGCCACCACACCCAUUCCCACUGGUUUGCCAUUGACCCCGCCACUGGCAUCGUGACUACUGCUUCCGCUCUGGAUUAUGAGACUGACCCGCAGCCUCAGCUGACUGUGCUCGCCACAGACCGUGGCAAGCCCCCACUCUCCUCAACCACAGUGGUUCUUGUCACCCUGCAGGAUGUCAACGAUAACGAGCCUGUCUUCGAAAGUAAUUUCUACAACGUUUCCUUGAAGGAGAAUGUGUCCCCUGGUACCUGCUUCCUCCAGAUCACGGCCACUGAUGCUGACAGCGGCUCCUUGGGCAGCGUCUCCUACACCCUGGGCACCGGGCUCGGCAGCCUGGUGCCCUCUGCAUUCCUUCUUGGGGAAGAGACCGGCCAGCUCUGCACUGCACAAGGCCUGGACCGGGACGAGGGGCCCUCUGCCUAUGACUUCACGGUCACAGCCGUCGACGGGGGUGGGCUGAGCUCCACGGCUUACGUGAAGGUCUUUCUGGAAGACGUUAACGACAACGCACCGGCGUUCUACCCCCUGGAAUACGCCGCCAGCAUCAGCACCCAAAGCCAGCCUGGCUCUGCCGUCCUGCGGGUCACAGCUCACGACAAGGACGAGGGACUGCACGGGCGGGUGACCUACCGCAUCGCCAAUGGCAACGUGCCAACCGCUUUUGCCAUCAACCCUGACACUGGAGUCAUCUCGUUGUGGAGGCCGCUCACGGGCAAGGCCAGCCUGUUGGUGCAGCUGGAGGUGGAGGCUCAAGACGGAGGAGGGCUGGCAGCCCAGCCGGCCGCGCAGGUCAACAUCAGCAUUGUGGCAGGCACCGUUUCCCCUCCGAGCUUUGAGCGGGUGCAGUAUUACUUCACAGUCCCAGAGGACACCCGGCCGGGCAGCAGUGUCGGAUCCAUCCAUGCGCACAACGCCCCAGGCCAGACUGAUGCGGUGUUCUACUCCAUUUCUGCGGGAGAUCCCCAGGGCCACUUCUCCAUCGACCCCAGCUCAGGACAGCUGCACACCAACCUGGCUCUGGACCACGAAGCACAGUCCACUUUGAGCCUGGAAGUCCAGGCCCGCAGCGGUUCCCCGCCUGCAUACAGCAGCGCACGGGUGCAGAUCAGCGUGUCUGACAUCAACGACAACCCCCCUCGCUUCCCCUCAUCUUCAGACUCAGUGUCACUGCCGGAGGGGGCGGCCCUGGGCACCGUUGUGUAUACGGUGCAGGCAGAGGACCCCGACAGUGGAGCCAACGGACAGGUGCACUUCGAACUGGCGUCACGGGGAGCGACGGCCUUUGCCGUGGAGCAUUUGUCAGGGAAGGUGCGGCUGAUGGGGGCUCUGCAGCGGGACAACCUCAGCCCUUACAAGCUGGUCAUUCUGGCACAGGAUAGUGGGACCCCGCAGCUCAGUGCCACAUUCACCCUCCUGGUCCACGUGCAGGCUGAAGACCAGCUUGGACCCCUCUUUGACACUCUUACCUACCGAGUGGAAGUGCGUGAGGGGGUGCCAGUGGGCACCCACUUUCUGCAAGUGAGGGCCCUGGCCCGGGAGCACAGCGCCCUCCUUGCCUACCACCUGCGUGCAGACGGCGAUGCUACCAGCUUUGGUAUUGCACCUGACACAGGGUGGCUGCAUGUGCGGCGCACUCUUGACCGGGAGGUGCAAGAGCUGUACGUGCUGACCGUCCUGGCUGUAGCCGGAGAGGGCGAGGGGCGCCAGACAGGGACCAGCACAGUCCGGGUCACUGUCACAGAUGAGAACGACAACAGUCCUCGUCUGACUGAGGAGCGCUACUUCUUCACGGUGGCAGAGAACCGGCCCGCCGGCAGCGGCGUAGGCCGGGUGACAGCCACCGACUGGGACGCUGGGCCGAACAGCCGCCUGACCUACCGCCUGGUGCCGCCUGAAGGCCAUUUCCUUAUCCACACCCAGACUGGUGAGCUGAGCAUUCGGAAGAGCCUCGACCGGGAGCAGCAAAGCAGCUACCAGCUGCAGGUCUUGGUUCAAGACGGGGGGACGCCACCCCGCAGCACCACAGGCACAAUCUACGUCACUGUGCUGGACGAGAAUGACAAUGCACCUGCCUUUCUGCACGUGGCUGAGGGGCGCGAGCUGUUCCUGCAGGUCCUGGAAGAUAAGCCAGGGGGGCUGCUGGUGGCUCCCUUGCAGGCCAAGGACCCGGAUAAGGCUGAGAAUGGAACUGUCUUCUACACGCUGUCAGGUGCCUGGGCAGAACACUUCUCCCUGCAUGUGGCUACGGGGGAACUGCGCACAGCCACCCCCCUACGGCAGGCUGACCGGGGAGAGUAUCUGCUCACCGUUACGGCAAGCGACCGAGGCGCUGUCCCCCGGAGCACCACUGCCACGCUGCGCAUCCAGGGGCAAGUGACCUACGUGCUGGUGGGGGGCAGCAGCGGGGACGGUGCCUUUGUCGUAGAUGCCAGCACAGGCGAGAUCUUCCUGGCGCAGGAGCUGGACUACGAAGCCGGAACGCGGCACACCCUGCACGUGAGCGUGGAGGACUCCCUGCAGGGCUACCCCAGCCAGCGCCUGCUCUUGGUCGAGAUCCACGUGCAGGAUAGCAACGACCACGGCCCCACCUGGCCCCAGGACCCCGUCACGGUGGUGGUGUCGGAGAGCGCCACGCCGGGCCUCGCCCUCUUCACCUUCCAGGCGCUGGAUGGUGACGGCCCCGGGCCCAACAGUCAGCUGUGCUACCACCUCCUGCGGCAGGACUCCUUGCGCCCUGUCUUCCAGCUGGAUGCCCUCACAGGGGAGCUGAGCCUGCAGGCCCCGCUGGACCGGGAGGCCCAGUCAGCCUUCCUGCUGGCGGUCCUGGCCACAGACCAGGCCCGCAACGUCAGCCAGCGCCACUCGGCGGCCGUGACAGCUCAUAUCUUCGUCGUGGAUGAGAACGACAACGCGCCCGAGUUUCUUUCUCCAGCAAGGGCUGACGUUCCCGAGGACCAGCCCACCGGCUUUCUGGUGCUCCGAGUGGUGGCGAGGGACCGGGACAUGGGCGAGAACGGGCGAGUCAGCUACUCGCUGCGAGCAGGGAACCUCGACGGCCGGUUCCACCUCCACCCCAGCACGGGGGCGUUGUCCAUUGUGCGGGCCCUGGACCGGGAAGAAGCAUCCCAGCAUAACUUGACAGUGGUGGCCACGGACCACGGAUCGCCACGGCACAGCGCCACACAGCUCCUCUUGGUGCAGGUGCUGGAUGUGAAUGACGAGACACCCACCUUUGAGAAAAGCAUCUAUGAAGGCCAGGUGGCUGAAAACCUUCCUGCUGGUGUUCCAGUGUUGCAACUACGGGCCACUGACCACGACCUCGGGACCAAUGGGCAGGUGACGUACGGUGGCGUCGCUGGGGAUGGCUUCACUGUUGACCCUCACACGGGCCUGAUCAGCACUCUGCGCCCCUUGGAUCGCGAGGAGCAAGCCGAACACCUGCUGACAGUGUACGCCCAAGAUGGGGGCCUGCCCCCCCGCCAAGCCAAGGCAACCGUGCGUGUACUCGUGGUGGAUGAGAAUGACCAGACCCCAGUCUUCCAGAGUGGCGCUUGCUCCCUGGCGGUGCCAGAGAACCAGAGUCACCAGAAGCUGCUCACCCUGCGUGCCACAGAUCAUGAUGCGGGGGAAAACGGGCGCCUCUCUUACUCCCUGGCAGCUGGAGACCCCGAGGAGGACUUUGCUGUGAACCCCUUAACUGGCCAGCUGUCCACCGUGCGAGGGCUGGACCGGGAACGGAGGGCCACCUACAUGCUGACAGCCCAGGCCUGCGACCAUGGCUUGCCCACCCCCCGCUGUGCCAGCCUGGCAAUCCAGGUGCAAGUGCUAGACCUGAAUGACAACGCCCCCCGCUUUAUGCAAGAAUCCUAUGCCAUGGAGGUCCCCGAGGAUCUGCCCGUGGGGGCCCCGGUGCUGCAGCUCAGCGCCCGAGACCCGGAUGAAGGCAGCAACGGUCAUAUUUCGUAUUUCCUGGCAAACGAGACGCUGGGCACCUUCCAGGUGGAGCCGCAGACGGGCCGCCUUUACAGCACCCAGCCUUUGGACCGGGAGCGCCGGGCCACCUAUUCCUUCCUGGGCUUGGCCAUCGAUUCUUCCCCACUAGCCCCCAGGAGCGCCUCGGCAGCCAUCACGGUCACUGUCCAGGACGUCAACGACCACAUCCCUGCCUUCCCCCUCAGCCCACUCGCCGUCACCCUGCCCCGCCACACCCCGCCCAAGCGAGUGGUGGCCACGCUGCGUGCUGAGGACCACGACGCCGGGGCCAACGCCUCCCUCCUUUAUCGCUUUGCUGCGCCCACCCCAGCCUUUGCCAUCAACACAUACACCGGGGCCAUCCAGCUGCUGCACCCACUGGGGAGCCUCAGCCAGCGCCAGCGCACCUUGUUCGUGCUGGCCAGCGAUCUGGGACAGCCCCCCCUGUCCUCCAUCGGCGUGGUGGUCAUUCACCUGCAGGACGAGAACUACCAGGGCGUGCACUUUCCACGCAGCAGCAGCGACGUGGCCCUUCCUGAGAACGCUGCCCCAGGCACCCUGGUGCUGAGAACCCCGGCCAGGCACACCGCGGGCUCAUCCGGCCAGAUCACCUACAGCAUUGUCAGCGGCAAUGAGAAGGGCGCCUUCCGGAUCCAGCCCGACUCAGGGACGGUAUCGGUGGCCGACCCGGAAGGCCUGGACUUCGAACUGCAGCCCCGCUUGCGCCUAGUGUUACAAGCCGAGUCCACCGCGUCCUUUGGCUUCAUGGCCGUCACCAUCAACCUGCAGGACGUGAACGACAACCAGCCACGUUUCCAGCUGCAGAACUACGUGGCUUUUGUUGGGGAGGCGCAGGGCUACGGCUUGCCUGUCAUCCAGGUUGUGGCCAAUGAUUUGGAUCAGGGCCCCAACGGCCAGGUGAUCUACAGGAUCAACCAGACGCAGCCAAUGGACGGGCUCUACCGCAUCAAUGCCCAGACGGGAGCCAUCACCACAGCAGCCAUCCUGGACAGGGAGAUCUGGGCCCAGACACGGCUGGUGCUGACUGCAACGGACAGAGGACACCCUCCCCUCGUGGGCUCAGCCACGCUCACGGUGGUGGUGAUGGACCUCAAUGACAAUAGUCCCACCAUCCCUGCGCCCUGGGAGGUGCGGGUAGCAGAGAAUACCUUGCUGGGCACCGAGAUCACCAUGGUGACCGGCAACGAUGUGGACUGUGGACCGCAGCUCCUCUACACGCUCCUCCUGGACAGCGGCACCACAGGGACCUUCAGCAUCCUGCCCUACGGGGGCCGCAUUACACUGACAGGGCCCCUGGACUACGAGCAGCGAAGCCAAUACACCCUCACGGUGCGCACUUCGGACUCCCAGCACGAGGCAGAGGCCAACCUCACGGUGCUUGUGGAGGAUGUGAACGACAACGCCCCCGCCUUUGCCCAGGCGCUCUAUCAGGUGCUCGUCCCAGAACAAGCCCCUGCCGGCACGCCCCUCUUGACUCUCAGUGCCACAGACCUGGACUCGGGCACCAACGGAGAAGUCAUCUAUCAGCUGCUCACACCAAGUGACAUUGUUGCCAUCCACGCAAGCAACGGAACCUUGUUCACCACCCAGCAUCUGGUGCUGGAGCUGGGACGUCCCACGCUGGAUCUAGUGGUGGAAGCCAGUGAUAAGGGCUUCCCCAGCCUCUCAGCCUGGGUCUCUGUGCAGAUCCAAAUCCUGGAUGUGAAUGACCACGGGCCCCAGUUCCUGAAGCCGCAGUACAACGCCUCUGUGACAGAAGACCUGCGUCCAGGAACUAUCCUGCUAACCCUGGAAGCCACAGAUGCCGACGUGACUCGGGACAACGCAGCCCUGGACUAUACUAUUGUGAGUGGGAACAGUGGUCAUGCUUUCCAACUGGAGGGUCGUGUCGGUGGGGCCAGCGCCUUGGUCCUGAUCGAACCACUUGACUUUGAGGCUGUGGCCCUCUACAACCUAACCGUGGCGGUGGCUGACCGAGGAGUGCCACAGCACAGCGCUGUAGUGCCCGUUGUCCUCACUGUGCUGGACGUCAACGAUAAUCCGCCAGUCUUUGGGCGCUCUGCUUAUCACAUGGCGGUGAGUGAGAGCACCGUGCCCGGGACGGAGCUGCUGCGCGUGGCAGCCCAUGACCCCGACUUGGGCGCUCACGGGCAAGUGCACUACAGCAUCAGCUCGGGCGACCCUGGUGGGCUCUUCCAGCUGCAUCCAACCUCUGGAGCGCUUCGCCUCAUCCAGGCCCUGGACUGCGAGAAGCGAACCCAGCACACCCUGGUGAUUCAGGCCUCGGACGGAGCAGGGGGCCACUUUGCACUAGCGUCUGUGGCAGUGGAGGUGAAGGAUGUGAACGACAACCUUCCCUACUUUCCGAUAGAAGUGCUGAGCACCAGCCUAAGGGAGAACCUGCCUCCCGGGAGCCUGGCUACCACGGUCCGUGCUGUGGACCCUGAUGUCGGGGUCUUCGGGGAGCUGCGUUACACCCUUCUGCAGGCAGAGGAUUGGGGGGCCUUUGGCAUCAACGGCAGCUCCGGAGAGCUACAUUCUCGCCUGCCUUUUGACUACGAGCGCACCAAGGCUUUCCAGCUGGUGGUGCAGGCCACAGAUACUGGCAACGGCUCUGCGACAGUCACGGUGCGUGUCCUGAUCACUGGCGAGGAUGAGUAUGACCCUGUCUUCCUUAGCUCAAGCUUCCACUUUGGUGUCCCUGAGGGGGCACGGCGGGGUCAGAGUAUAGGGCAGGUGAGUGCCACGGAUGAGGACGAGGGCCCAGAUGGUGUGGUGCUCUAUGCCCUGGCCAAGCCCUCCCCUUUCUUCGAGAUCAACCAAACCAGUGGCUUCCUGUACCUGCGGAUGGACAGCCAGGCGCCCUCCGGGGGUCCUAGCAGACCAGAACCCCGGCAGAUGGUCCUGGAAGUACAAGCCCACGGCCCCCUGCGUGCCUCUCGCUCAGCCUGCGCUCAGGUCACCAUCGAUGUUACCCACACUGCCUUUGGCCUGGUGCCCGACCUCAACUUGCUGCUGGUGAUAGCUGUGGCUGCCUCGCUUGGUGUGGUGGUGGUCCUGGCCGCUGUGGCCAUUGGGCUUGCCUUCCUCCGAUCGCAGCACGGCCGUGGCCACAAGGAGGCCAAUUUGGCACACGUGCAGAGUGGCUCUCUGCAGAAAUUGGGCCACGCUGAACCAGCCCUGCCUGGGGGGGACUGUCUGUACCACGAGGCGCUGCCUGGCUACGGCACAGAUUCUGGAGGGCCCUACGCCACAAGAGGGGGCUCGCUGGACCCAUCCCACUCCAGUGGGCGAGGCUCGGCCGAAGCUGCAGAGGAUGACGAGAUCCGCAUGAUCAACGAGUGCCCUCGCGUGUCCAGCGUCACCUCUUCCCUGCAGGAGCAUCUCGUGGCCCGUGGGCCCGAUUCCGGCAUUCAGACAGAUGCUGACCGCCUCUCUGACAUCUCCUGUGAGCCAACCACGCUCGAUGCCACCCACUGGUUCAAAAACAGGAAGGGGCCGAGCCUGUUGCUCCCCGGACAGCCCCCGCAGCUCUACCGGGACGAUGGGAACAGCAGUGGGGCCUACCUGGGCGCAGGCUGCGGCCUCAGUGUCUCCUCCCACAAGGACUAUUCCUUUCCUGAGGAUGGGAAGCCCUGCGUGGACGGCUCCCUGACAGCCAUCGUGGCGAGCGACGAGGAGCUGCGGGGCAGCUACAACUGGGACUAUCUCCUCAACUGGUGUCCCCAGUUCCAGCCCCUGGCCAGCGUCUUCACAGAGAUUGCCCGCCUGAAGGACGAGAGCUCCCUGCGCAGGCCCUUCCCUGCCAAGCCCAAGCCCCGCAUUGACCCCCCCCCUCUCAUCACUUCGGUGGCUCAUCCUGGGGCAAAGUCAGUGCCCCCCAAGCCUGCGGUCGGCCGAGCUUUCCCCCACUUGUCCUCCCUCCGGCGGUCCCCCAUCAGCCACGAGGGCUCCCUGUCCUCAGCUGCCAUGUCUCCCAGCUUUUCCCCCUCCCUCUCCCCUCUGGCCGCCCGCUCUCCUGUGGUUUCGCCCUUUGGGGUCUCCCAGGGCCCAUCUGCGUCAUCCACCAUCAGCAUCGAGCACUCCUCGGAGGCCCCUGAAGAGGCGGAGCUCCGCAUUUAGGGCCCGCCCAGGACUCUCCCUCGCCACAAGCUGGGCGCUGGAGCCGGACCAGUGGCCCCUUCUGGGGGAGGUUGGCAUUGUCUCAGCUGGCCCAGCCCGGCCCAGCCCCGCCCUGCCCCGCCCUU